GCCAGGAAUGCACUGAGUUUCCAUACUUCUACGAUACUCAACACCCUUGCACAAUUACUGAACUGCAUGGUUCAACGCGUCAACCAAACUGCAUUACAAAAGGGUAUAUUCUUAAUCAAUCCGCUACAAAUCAGAUUAGAUUUAAACGGAGUGAACCUCUGCCAGCUCUUCUUCGCAGAAUGUCGCCACCACGGUUUCGGAAGUUUUGGAAAACAGUUCUACUUGGAUUUCUUGUCUCCGUUAUUGUCGUAGUAUUGUCGUUUGUCAAUAACAAGUACACAUCGUCAAGAAAGAACAAUUUGACCGCUAGCUGUGAUAAGGUAACUCAAUAUCGGGGUCAAAUGACCUGCGACAAGUGGGUGGUGAUCACGACGAUCUUCAAUUUGACCGACGCCGUCAAGGACCUACUGAAGAUGCCAAAGUGGUGCGUGGUGCUGGUCGGUGACAAGAAGGGCCCAAAAGAGGUGCCGCCCUUCCCCAAUCUUUUCUUUCUCGACAUGGCCUGGCAGGAGCGCUGUCCGUACCACAUCUGCCAACAUCUGCCCUGGAAUCACUUCGCCCGGAAGAACAUCGGCUACAUGUACGCCGUGGCUAACGGGGCCGAGUGGAUCUACGACACCGACGACGAUAACUUCCCCAAGUUUCCCAAAUCCGAGCCGCUCCUUGAUUCUUCCAUUAAAUUCGAUCUGAUACAGGUCGCUGGACACGUGUACAAUCCCUACAUUCCAUACAUCAAACCCGACACCACUUUGUGGCCGCGAGGGUUGCCGCUGGAUAAAGUCAAAGAUCCCAAUACGAAAAACAUGAGAGUAAUCGGUGCCGUCAAGCCGGAAAAGGUCGCAGCGAUAAACUUUCUAGCUCAAACCCACCCAGACGUGGAUGCCAUUUAUAGGCUUACAAAAAAGAUUCCGUUUCAAUUCGAGAUGGUGGAGAAAUAUCACGCACUUCCACAUUAUGUCAUGUCGCCCUACAACGCCAAGGCAACAUUGCAUGCUCAGUUCGCCUUCUGGGGUCUGCUGCUGCCGGCAAGCGUUAACGGGCGCGUGUCGGAUAUAUGGCGGUCGUAUUUCACUCAACGGUUGGUUUGGGACACUGACGGUCACAUCGCUUUCGGUCCGCCAUACGUCAAUCAAAUCCGUAACGCGCAUUCGUAUAUGGUCGAUUUUCACAACGAAAUGGAUGUUUACUAUAAAACAAGACGACUGAUCAAAUUCCUGGUCAACUGGAUCCCGAAAACCGUUUCGUUGGCGCAGAACAUGGUCGAUCUUUACAUAGAACUCUACCAGAUCGAUAUCAUCGGGCGGGCAGAUAUCGAUUUAGCCAUGGCUUGGAUACGUGAUCUUGAAUGUGUCGGCUAUACCUUUCCGCCAGUAAAAGUUGCGAAAGACUUCGUGUAUUUGAUACAAGGCACAAGCGUCACUAUCCUCGAUCAACUUGUGUCAAACUCUGACCGAGAUGUGUUAUGGCUAACGUACAAGACGGACUCCGGCACCAAUUAUCUAUACCGACAAAAUAGCACGUGGACCACUGGGAGGAAUCUUCUACUAGAAUACGCCGUUGAACGAGGAGGUCGAAUGUCGAAGAAGGGUUAUAAGUAUUUUAUCUUUCUCGACGACGACGUGAAGAUAUCCUUCACCUACAAUGGUCGGCGAUGGAACGGUGAAGGUUGCUGCAAGACCAAUGAUCCGUGGAGGUGCUUUGAACAGUUCUUGAGCGCUCACGAGCCAGCUGUUAGCUAUCCUCAUCACAUCGCUAGCCAUGUAUUCUUCAAUGAGAAGGCGCUCGUUAAUUUAAACUACAAUGUCGAUGCAAUGAUGGUGGCUUACCACCGCGACACAUUAUCGUUCCUGAUGCCCUACAGUACUGAGUUUGAGGCUGAAUCCUGGUGGGCUUCGCAAGUUAACCAUAUCGGUCUUUACAACAUGUUGUACAGCUCCAGCAGGUAUCAGUACAAUGCUCUUCAUAAUACAAAUAGUAGAUCAGAUCAUCGGGGCAAAUACAAAUUCAGCUUCAAAUUUCGCCAGCAAGUACAAUAUCUGCUAUCGGCGCUACGGCCGACUGUCGAUGGAAAGCCGAAUCCGUUGUUGAACAGUGCUCCCGCCAAAGACGUUCUACCUUUAAGGGUUCACGGCAAGCCUAAAUUAAAGAAGGACAAAACAUACAUCGUGGACUACGCGUUCAUUAAAAAGUACUUUAAGCUCGAUCAUAAGUUUACACAAGAGAGGCUGAAGUGGCUAAAAAAGCCUAUAAUUAGAAGAAUUAUCUUUGGAGGAAAAGAUGUUUUCGGGUUUGACAAUUCAUUUAAACCUGAUUAUUCCUAUCCUAUAUAAUGCGUAGCUUGAACUCCCCACAUACAGUCCAAAUCACAAUUGUCAUACCUACAUUUGCGUCAUGAAGUCGCAUAUGGUAGUGAUAAAGAUACAAGGAAUUUGAUACAUGACGCGUUGUACAAUGUAUAGUUCAGUCUAAAUGACAAAUCCUUUUUUUUAAUUAAGAUGCAUAGUGUAUGGUGCGACCUAGCCACGCCCUGGUGGGUGGCGCCUCCCCGUGUUUUUGUAAGAGAACUUAGUGAGGAAUACAAUAUAUUGUACGCUAGCUAUGUAGGUAAUGCAGCGAUCCUUUUGAUCGGUGUGUACCGCUUACGAUUGGAAAUGUGUAAUUCAAGAUGGCUCCAGUCUGCAACUGAAGUCAACAGAUGGCAGCACUAGAAAGUUUAGGAAUAGGGAUCAUAGGUGUGAGCACAUGUAGUGAAGCAUAAAUAAUAGAGAGGUUUAGACAGAUUGACCAGUCACCAACACGGUGACCGGCGCGUACAAAACACAUAGAACUCAAAUCGCACAUAAAGUGAGCUAUUAGCGAGUUUCCGCAUCGCUUACGAUUACGAUUACGAUUACGAUUUGUGUUCAUCGAUUUUUGGUGCUACGCAAUCCCCAGCGAAAUCGUCGAUGGUACUUUCGUCUCGUUCUUACGAGGAUUCCGGCUGAUCUUCGUAAGUCGAAAAACGAUUACAUGGAUUAGCGAAAAGCCUAUUUUCCACGCUACAUAUCAAAUUCAAUGUGAAAUAUUCAUUGAAGAAUACUUUAUAACACACCUGUCAAACAUAGGAACUGCAUUUAAUUUGAUCAACGGCGAUUUUGAUCAUGUUUUAGCGCCGAGAAAAGUGCACCCAGAGCAUGAGAGCAGAGUAUAGGGCCUAUACUACAGUACACCAAGUCGUUGGUGUGAAUGCGGAAACAAAAUUUCUGGUUCAUGCCGGUUUUGAGAGUAUUACGAUUACGACUUUGAAAUCGUAAUCGUAAUCGUAAUCGUAAGCGAUGCGGAAACUCCCUAUUGACAGAUAUCAUCAACGAUUGUUGUAUUCAAAUACAUUUGGAAAAAGGAAAGGUGAAAUUCAUCAAUGACAUGUUGGUUGUGUUAACUAGCUGGUCGUUCCUGGUAAUAAAACGCUGUAGUAAUUGUUUGUUUGGGGAAACAAUGUGAAAAGGAAUGUUUACUGGGGCAGCAAGGGUUGGUAAUUAUAGCACUUUUUAGAGACGUAGAAGCCUUUGAACCACAAUGUCGAUGCAAUGAUGGUGGCUUACCACCGCGACACAUUAUCGUUCCUGAUGCCCUACAGUACUGAGUUUGAGGCUGAAUCCUGGUGGGCUUCGCAAAUUAUCCAGGUCGGUCUUUACAACAUGUUGUAUAGCUCCAGCAGGUAUCAGUACAAUGCUCUUCAUAAUACAAAUAGUAGAUCAGAUCAUCGGGGCAAGUACAAAUUAAGCUACAAAUUUCGCCAUCAAGUACAAUAUCUGCUAUCGGCGCUACGGCCGACUGUCGAUGGAAAGCCGAAUCCGUUGUUGAACAGUACUCCCGCCAAAGACGUUCAACCUUUAAGGGUUCACGGCAAGCCUAAAUUAAAGAAGGAAAAAACAUACAUCGUGGACUACGCGUUCAUUAAAAAGUACUUUAAGCUCGAUCAUAAGUUUACACAAGAGAGGCUGAAGUGGCUAAAAAAGCCUAUAAUUAGAAGAAUUAUCUUUGGAGGAAAAGAUGUUUUCGGGUUUGACAAUUCAUUCAAACCUGAUUAUUCCUAUCCUAUAUAAUGCGUAGCUUGAACUCCCCACAUACAGUCCAAAUCACAAUUGUCAUACCUACAUUUGCGUCAUGAAGUCGCAUAUGGUAGUGAUAAAGAUACAAGGAAUCUAAUACAUGACAUCUUAAAGGGAACUGGAACCGCCGAGCAAUUUAUUCAACUUUUCGACUUUCACCGCCAGAGAAAGUCAAACUUCCAACUUCCUAUUUGAGUUCAGAUUUGUAGCUCCGCUCCCAGUGCCCGAGCAUGCGCAGUUCAAUUUGUUAUUAUUGAGAAUCAUGUGAGAAUCACGUGAGUCAUGCGAUCUUUCAUUCAUGAGUUUUCGUAGUAAAUUCCAUAGUAGUCACGACACUCAAUGAUUGACAGCUAGGCGCCAUGUUUCAUUCAUGCCUCGUUCUGAUCACCCGAUACGCGGGAAAUGAAAACGAGGUCAUACGAACUGGCUUGGCGGUUUCAGUUCCCUUUUUAACGCGUUGUACAAUGUAUAGUUCAGUCUAAAUGACAAAUCCUAUUUUUAAAUUAAGAUGCAUAGUGUAUGGUGCGACCUAGCCACGCCCUGGUGGGUGGCGCCUCCCCGUGUUUUUGUAAGAGAACUUAGUGAGGAAUACAAUAUAUUGUACGCUAGCUGUGUAGGUAAUGCAGCGAUCCUUUUGAUCGGUGUGUACCGCUUACGAUUGGAAAUGUGUAAUUCAAGAUGGCUCCAGUCUGCAACUGAAGUCAACAGAUGGCAGCACUAGAAAGUUUAGGAAUAGGGAUCAUAGGUGUGAGCACAUGUAGUGAAGCAUAAAUAAGGUUUAGACAGAUUGACCAGUCACCAACACGGUGACCGGCGCGUACAAAACACAUAGAACUCAAAUCGCACAUAAAAUGAGCUAUUGACAGAUAUCAUCAACGAUUGUUGUAUUCAAAUACAUUUGGAAAAAGGAAAGGUGAAAUUCAUCAAUGACAUGUUGGUUGUGUUAACUAGCUGGUCGUUCCUGGUAAUAAAACGCUGUAGUAAUUGUUUGUUUGGGGAAACUAUGUGAAAAGGAAUGUUUGCUGGGGCAGUAAGGGUUGGUAAUUAUAGCACUUUUAAGAGACGUAGAAGCCUUACGAAAGAACUAGGCCCAGACGUUAAGUAUUUGGGAUAGGUUCCAAGGGUCCGGGAGAUCUGGGGCUCAAGAGGAGUGGGAUCUUGGAGGUAGUUAUGGACCUGAGAGGAGUACCUGAUUGGACAUGGGGUUGGGUUAAUUAACAUAUGUUUAUGAGGGGGUAGGAUUUUUGUUUUAGUCAGUUCUCAUCUAGAUUUCCAAGGGUAAGCCUCGUUUAAGGGAACUCAGGUUUCGAUAAGCACUUCCUUGAUUAUGCCAAUAACUACUUUAUUUAAUCCAAUUAAACAAUUAUUACAAAAACAAUUCAUUUUUAAAUCUGUCUGACUCAAGUCUUCUAUCGGCUUGAGUUAGGACAAGAACCCAAACAUCCUCCUCCACGUUUCAGUUGCAAAAAACAAGUACAUCCGUAAAUGGCAUCCAGUAAAUAUUUGCGGCCAGCAGUUCACCACUGGGGAAAACCUUUAGUUACAUUACUCAGAAAAACAAUGAAUUGAAAUGGGUAUAAUUUGCCAAUGUUAAAGACGCUUCAUGCAAAAUCACCAGGGCCCGGUUGUUCAAAAGCACAAAAGUCACGUUAUCCUUAACGGUUACGUUAAGUAUCCGUAUGGACUUUAUCUCUUUCAGUUAAUCCCAUAAGAAUUUUCACGUUAAGACUUAACGGCGCCGUUAAAGCUAACGUGAUUUUGAACAACCCAGCGCAGGUCAAAAUAGCGUGGGAUUUCAAACGUGGGAACUCUCUGGGAAUAAAGGAUGAGGGGAUUAACCUUUUAACAACUGCAGCAAUAAAAGAACUUUAAGAUUUCUUGUGCACUGACUACGAUUUAUAUAUAAGAUGUAUAAAAUUCACCUAAUAUAAGGAAGGCUCAGGCCUUGAUAGGGAGCUCUUCGUUAAUAGGGCUGGUG